GCGGGCCGGAGCGGCGGCUGCCCAAUGCGCAGCGCGACCCGGCGUGAUGCGGAUACCUGCGGGCGUAUAAAGGCGGCUGCAUGCGCACUGGCUCCUCGCUUACACAGUAUGGCCGGCGACAUUAGCUAGCGCUCGCUCAACGCUCUUCUCUGUAACAGGGGAACACACGGACUACAAGGAACCGAACCGCAUCGCCCGCCCGCACCCCCGCUCGGACUGUAACCCGCUCAUACACGCUCACGCCGCAUCCGUCGCCGCGCACUCCGGGUGGUUUUCGCCCGUUUAAAAAAAAAAAAAAUUCCUCUUCUACUUAUUCCUCUACUUUUUUUUUUUUUUUUUUUUUUUUUUAAUUAAUAUUACGCAAAUCCCCCAGAAGGUGAAACCCGCCCGGGACGGACUGGGACCCGGCGGCGGCAGCAGCGCGGCCCGUGCAGCAGCAGUGAACGGUGGCGGCCGGGGGCGGCAGUUUGGUUGUCGUUUAAUUUCUGUGGUUGUUGGUUGCCGAGUUGUCUCACCAUGAAGGAGAGCGGUGCACACUUCUUCGAAGGGACCGAGAAGCUGUUGGAGGUGUGGUUCGCCCGGCAGCAGCCCGCGCAGCAGGAGCCGCACCAGAGCAAGGGGUCCGGCGACCUCCGCACCAUACCCAGGAUUGAGUGGGACAAACUUCUGGAGAAUGUGCAUUGUUUGAUCAUAAGUGUGACAAAAACUGACAAGCAGGAAGCUUAUGUACUCAGUGAGAGUAGCAUGUUUGUCUCCAAGAGACGUUUCAUUUUGAAGACGUGUGGUACCACCCUCUUACUGCAAGCACUGGUUCCCCUGUUGGAGCUUGCUAGGGAGUACAGUGGGUUUGACUCAAUUCAGAGCUUCUUUUAUUCACGUAAGAAUUUCAUGAAGCCUUCCCACCAGGAGUACCCACAUAGGAAUUUCCAGGAAGAAGUAGAGUUUCUUAAUGAAAUUUUCCCAAAUGGAGCAGCUUAUUGCAUGGGGCGUAUGAACUCUGAUUGCUGGUACCUGUACACCCUGGAUUUCCCAGACAGUCGGAUAUCCAAUCAGCCUGAUCAGACACUGGAAAUUCUGAUGAGUGAGCUUGACCCAGUAGUGAUGGACCAGUUCUACAUGAAAGAUGGUGUUACUGCAAAUGAUGUCACUCGUAUGAGUGGAAUUCGUGACCUGAUACCAGGUUCUGUUAUUGAUGCUACAAUGUUCAAUCCUUGUGGGUAUUCAAUGAAUGGGAUGAAAUCGGAUGGAACUUACUGGACUAUUCACAUCACUCCAGAACCAGAGUUUUCUUAUGUUAGUUUUGAAACAAACAUAAGUCAGACCUCUUACGAUGACCUGAUUAGAAAAGUUGUAGAGGUUUUCAAGCCAGGAAAAUUUGUGACAACUCUCUUUGUUAAUCAGAGCUCUAAAUGUCGCACAGUGUUUUCCUCUGCCCAGAAGAUUGAGGGGUUUAAACGUCUUGAUCACCAGAUUGCCCAAUUCAGUGAUUAUAAUUUUGUUUUUACCAGUUUUACAAAAAAUCGCCAGCAACAGCACAGUUGAUUAAGAAUGAAGAAAAAGCGCAAAAAGAAAUCCCAUACAGAAGGUGGUGGUUGCUUUCUAGUUAAUGAUUCAGGGGGCCAUGCUUUCCACUCCCACCACCUUGUAGUUGUGGAAAGCCCUAGGUGUAAUCAUAGUAUAACCAUUUUGAAUUGUAUGCAUUAUUAUAUCAAGGAGUUAGAUAUCUUGCAUGAAUGCUCUCUUCUGUGUUUAGGUACUCUAUGCCACUCUUGCUGUGAAAUUGAAGUGCAUGUAGAAAAAUCUUACUGUAUGAAACUUUACAACACUUGUAAAAAUGAUUCAGGUAGAAUUACACACAGUAUAGUUUUUCUCCAAGUAUCACCAAAAAUUCCCCACAGACAAGGCUUUCGUCCUCAUUAGACUUCAGCCUCAACCUACUCACUGGGGACAAUUCUCUGUUAAAUUGUCACUUUUUUUUAAUCGAUGUUGUGAUUUCAGUCUAAAACAGUUUUUGAUGAACUUCUAUAAUUUCUAAUGAAACUGAUUCCUAAUUAACACUUUCAUAUUUGGAGAAAGUUCUUAAAACAGUUACGAAUUGUUUUGCUACUACAGGUGGUGGUUGAUUUAUUUUUUAAAUCAGACUGACUUUUCAUGCUCUAAUAAAGCUUCUAGGAAUUUCCUCAGCUCUCCUGUAGAACUGGGCUAAUGCAUCAGUCUUUCACCUUAAGUAACUUGGGUAUCGGUACUAGUGCAGGCUAAAUUUUGUCUCAUCUUAAUGGUCAUUUGUCUGUCCACAUCCCCAAGCUGUCACACUGCUAUGCAAUGGCAGAAUUUGAUGAAGGUCCAAGACUUGACAGGGGAAGAGCUGAACUAGGCUUCAAGUGCUUUGGCAUAAUUGUGUGACAGCUUUGCAAAGUGCAAGUUCAUAUUGGCAGCAGGCAUUUUCUGUCCUCAUCACCUGUCCUGUCAGAACAGGAAGCCGGUGCUCCUGAGCACUGGCAGGUAGGGCUAGUGCAGGAGUGAGAUUUGCCAGUCUAGGUGUGUUGAUUGGUUUGGAUUUUUCUCAGUAAAACCUGUGACCUGCUGCUUUGGACUGUAAAGAGUGCUUCUAAACUGGUCCAGUGUCACUUCAUUUUGUUGUUCCAAGCAAAGCUAAUGCCUCUGUCUUGUGACCGUCCUGUGACAUUGUUGUGCAUGUGACUUAUGUUGUACUUGAGUGUUGUGACUUCAUCUGUUUUUUCCUCCUAAUUGCUAAGGUGGUUCCUCUUACUGUGACUUGAGGGCAUUAAGUGAAGGUAUAGAACAUGAACUGUCUGGGGCAUCCAGACAGAAGUGAAGUAGAAUGCUAUUCAUGAAGCAUGAGUAAGUGUGUAAUUCAAAGUCACUUUAAUGUGUAUUGACUAAAAUGCAGGCUUUGAGAAGCUGGCACACUUUCAGCUUUGUUUGUUUGCAAAUACUGGGAUUUUUAACAGCUGUGAGACCAGCAUGUUAACAACAAAAUUGAAAUUUUUUUUCCCCUCUUGUCCUUGCAAUGUUUUGACUCUUUCUGGUUUGAUGCAAUGGUUCUUUCGUUCCUUCCGUAUUUAUAAAUGAAGCGCUUUUUCAGUGCUUCUGAACUGAAGUUCUGCUUGGUUAGAAAUCAAGUGGUUGGAACAUUUUGAUUUUUUUAAGCAUAUUAUUGAUGUUCUUUACCAGUGUUAUCAAUUACAUGCUGUAAAUGUCACUAAUGCUUUUUGGUGUUAAUAUUGAGGACCAAUAUUUCAGUGGUUUGUUUUGGUUUGUUUUUUUUUUUUUUUGUUCUUGCAUUGUCCCAAUUGUUCUGACAUUUUUUGGUUUGAGGUCCUUUAAGUAUACUGAAGAUCCCUUUUCAAGUAAUACUGAAAGAAUGCAUCUUACAAAAAGAAACAUAAGCCUCGUCUAUGAAAAUGAAAGCUGUUGAAUGGGUUAUUGAACUAUCUGGGUGAUCAGGAUGGGGGGAGUAUGGUGUUUAUAAUUUCUGUGGUGUUAGACUUUGAUCAUUUAAAAAUAUCUGUACCACAACUUAACGCUUCAAUAAAAGUUCGCUUAAAUUGUUUGUAGUGAUGAUCCAGCAAUUCUAUCCU